AUGGCUCCAUGCGCGAGACACGCCGCCGACCAAGGCCGCCGUCAACCCGGCCUUCAACGCCAACACCAAUCCGGAUGGCAACCCAGGCAUAUCCCCAGCCGACAAGCAACAUCCGGCUGGCGCGAUGGGGAUAUCGCCUUCCUGAAAAGCGUCGAUGAAUUCAGCCAAUCCGAGUACGACGCCCUGAUCAAAUCCGGAUACAUCCGCGAGGGUGCAACAAAGCACCCAGUCAUCAUCUUGGAACACUCGGAUGAUUCCAGGUACUACCUAGUCACCACCGUCUCGGCUUACAGCUCUGGUGACCACAACGGCCAUCUCCCACCGUGGAAACAAGUAUACCACCAAAAGAAGCAGCCCAAGGCAUUUCGGGCGUUCCACGGUUCGGAGAGGCCAGACCGAUCCAAGGGAUUCCUCCAGCUCGCCGAAGGAGGACAUUUCCCUAAGCCCAAAACCUCCUGGGUAUACACUCGAAACAUCUUUGUGGUCCCGGCAACAACACUUAAGGGCUUCGACAAGACCACGGAGAGGCUUCGAAUGACCCAGGAGAGUCUCACCGAUCUCCUCUCUGAUAUGGGGAGGAAUUGGAAUUUCUACAGCCGGUGGACAACACCCCAGGUCCGCCAAUUUAUGGCGCCUCAACGACCUGAGGUGACACCUACCAACACCCACCCCCCCGGCGUUACCAGUACUCCGGAGAAUUCCAAGACUAAGGUGGUCGCCCCAACCACCUUAAUCUCAACCACGAUCCCUGGAACCCGCACUCUAAACAUGUCGAAGUCGUGGAAUAGCCCCAGAGCUAGACUAGAUCUAGCAGUAAGGCAUCGAGGGAAAUGCAAUGGUUCCAAAGAAAACAACCGGAAUGAAACGGGCCAAACUAUAUCACCAAGGUUGACACCAGGCCCUACAAUCAGACUGGUUAAUACUUCGAUAUAG